UUCAGAAUUUUAACAGCUACUACAAUUUUGAGCCUGAUCCACGACUUCAUAUCUUAUACAUUCAACGGCCACGGCCAGUAACAACACGUCUGGAGCGCGCGUCCUUGUGCACGGACGAGAGCAGCGCGACAAGAAGCGCUGCUGCUGCUGCUGACAUGACGUCACGACGUGUGAUCAGUCGCGAGUCGCGCCAAUGUUCACAAAUCCGGCCGUUUCUCUAUGUUGGAGGUUUGGGAGCGCUAUCACCGCGAACACUCUCUCGGUUCUGCACGACAAUCAAUCUGAUCCCUGGUUUUCGAAUCUCAGCUCCUAGUCAUAUGAAAGUGCUUCAUAUUCCUGUUCUUGAUGAUGAAAACACUGAUCUUACACCAUAUUUCACAACCGUGUUCAAGGAGAUCGACGAGGCAAGAAAGUCAGCAGGGCGAUUGUUGCUGCUUUGUGCAAUGGGUAUAUCACGUUCGGCAACUUUCGCUAUUGCGUAUCUGAUGUGUAUCGAAAAAAUGUCGCUCCAUGAUGCCUACAAGCAUGUUCAGUAUUGUCGCAACAUUAUCUGCCCAAAUGUUGGUUUCUUCCAGCAAAUGAUAGACCUCGAGGAAAAGCUAUACGGUAAGAAGACCGUGCACAUAAUCGAGCCGAUUUGUGGAGUGAAAGUGGCUGAUGUUGUGUGGAAUGAGCUUUACCAAGAGAUGAUGGAAAGUCUUAGCCAAGCCGAUAGACAUUCUGUGCAGUCGUUCAAUCCUUACCUUGAUGCGAGUCGCCAGCAAGAUACCCGAUCUCUUCGAUCGCUGAAACUUUCGGGUGAUGGAGAAGUAGAAGAUGUGACCAAAGAUCUAUCUUUCUGUCGUGUAUCAGAUGAGCAGCCAGAGAGUGCUAGAUCUGAACCGUGCAGGGAAUCGCAGAACGAGAUCACACUACGGGUCCCCACCCUGAUGAGCGCUCCCAAACCCUCGUCUUUCCCAAAAAGUGCCUUGCGUGAUAAGAGUAAAAGCAGCAAAAGCAAACGAUGGAGGUUAAGCUUCAGCAAGGAUGUCACUUAGUCAGCAAUGAGCUUGCUUCCACCUGACUGGUAUUCAACCCUUGCUACCCUUGAAAUUUUACAAAAA